AUGACGUUGUGUCGCGUACGUGUUGCCUCGUCGGUGGUAAGAGUGGCACUGACCGUCGUGAUAUGUGUGACCCUCAAAGCCACCUUGGUAAAGGGGAGGGAGGAACCGCAUUCGUUCACGAUAGACGAACUCCUGUCCACGCAGUACGAGCACAAGCGUUCUGACGAUCUCAGCAUGGACCCUUGCAAAGCUGAUAACUUUCAGGGCGACAUAGCGAUAUCCGAUGACUACUACAAGAAAUCUAACACAGCUCCAUCGACGUCAAAGAUAAAUAAGUCCUUACAAGAGGAAGUAGAACGACUCAAAAAGGAGGUGCUUCUAGAAGGAUUACAAGUUGAAGAGGAAGGCCUGCCAGAUAUUUUAAGAAAAAGAACCAAGCAACCUGUGCCUUUAACGCAGGAAAAACCAAAAAAGUAUAAUGACGCCUCCUUACACACAAAGGUGUUACCAGCUGGCUUAGAUAAGGCAUUACUAAUGAAGAACGGAAAAUUGCUACCCGAAGAUGUCAUCGAAAAUGAUACUAGCGUAACUAAUCAAAAUAAAUCAGUUCCUCCUAAUCAGACUGUUAUCACCGAUAACCUAACGGAAUCGGAGAGCUUAGAGCAAGACGGCGUUUUAGUCGUUAACGUAUCAACUGACAAUAUUCUAAACCUAGAAGACUUUUUCCCCAGCAUUCAAUUGUCAAACGUAUCGUACAGAAUGGACGAGGGAACGAACAAAAUACAAAGCAACAGCCGAGAGAUAACGGGUGACUCUAACAAUAAUAUUAAAAUGAAAGAUCUGCCGGAGAACGUAACAGUGGCUCCAGCGCCAACAAAUGGCGUCAUACCGACAAAUGAUCGGGAUGAAGGCAGAGAUUAUAGAGAUAAAUUUAUUGCGAAUAAAACGGAUAAAGUUUUUAUGGAAAAAGUGUAUGAAUCGAACGACUUAAUGAAACCAACCGAAAGUCUUCAGAGCCUAUUGGAUGAGACGGAAAUUCGAAGACGUCGCAGAAGAAGAAGGCAUGGAAAUGGCAGACGGCUCAGGAACAUUCAAUCGGGAGAGAGGAGCGGAAAAAAUACUCUCAAACGGUCCGAAGAGGACGCUGUCCAAUCGCAUCACGCAAGGAAAAAGUUUUUUCGGCACCAAAAAAAGUACGACGAGAGGGAAAUUAAACAUAAUAAACACGAAAUACCGGAACACGAAUUCGAGGAGAGGUUCGAAGUCAGACCGCCGCCUAAGGAGGACAAGAGUGGGACGGAAACUCAACAAUUCAAGGACUGGUUUUUUCGCGACUCCGAUGUCGACUUGGAAGCCGCCGAGAGCCAGUUUUAUAACCACACGGAGGAGCCGCGCCACCGACACCGCUCCACCAGGGCGGCCACCAACCGCAAGGAGAGGAUCUGGGAGAACGGCGUGAUACCGUACGAGAUCGACGGCAACUUCAGCGGAGCUCAUAAGUCCUUGUUCAAGCAGGCGAUGCGGCACUGGGAGAACUUCACCUGCGUGAAGUUCGUAGAGCGAGACCCCCUUUUGCACAAGGACUACAUAGUGUUCACCGAGAGACCUUGCGGGUGCUGUUCGUUCGUCGGAAAGCGUGGCAGCGGGGCGCAGGCGAUAUCCAUCGGCAAGAACUGCGACAAGUUCGGCAUCGUCGUCCACGAACUGGGCCACGUGGUCGGCUUCUGGCACGAGCACACGCGCCCAGACAGAGACAACCACGUCCAGAUCAUCAGAGACAACAUUUUGAGCGGUCAAGAGUACAACUUCAACAAGCUGACGUACGAGGAGGUCAACUCUUUGGGGCAGACGUACGACUACGACUCGAUAAUGCACUACGCUAGGAACACCUUCAGCAAAGGCACCUAUUUGGACACCAUACUACCAUUGGAGGUCCACGGGAAGAAGAGGCCGGAGAUCGGGCAGAGAGUGCGUCUGAGUGCCAGCGAUAUAGCACAGACUAAUUUAUUAUACAAGUGCGCGAAAUGCGGUAAGACGUUCCUGGGAAACUCCGGCUGGUUUAACUCUCCCGGCUGGGGCUCCGAGGCGGCUCCAGCUACCCAAGAACGCUGCGAGUGGAGAAUCGUCGCAACCCAUGGAGAACGAGUUGUUCUCAACAUAACCGAGAUCGACAUCCACAAGUCGGACGGGUGCCGCUCCGAGUGGGUGGAGAUCCGCGACGGGUACAUGCCGAACGCGCCAGUGCUGGGGCGGAUCUGCGGAUCCGGGAAGGGCCCCAUGAUGAGGUCCACCGGGUCGCGGCUCACGGUCGUGUACCAGCCGGGCUUGAGGCCGAAGCCGCAUAGGGGAUUCAGGGCCCACUACGAGGCGGUGUGCGGUGGCGACAUAGAAGUGGAUAAUAGCGGUCAUUUGGAAUCCCCAAAUUAUCCGGACGACUACCAGCCGAAUAAGCUCUGCAUUUGGAGGCUUUCCGUACCGCAGGAUUACCAAGUCGCAUUGAGAUUCCAUUCAUUCGAAGUGGAGAACCAUGACACGUGCAAUUACGACAAAGUGAAGGUCAGAGACGGCGACUCCAUGGACAGCCCGCUGAUCGGAAUGUUCUGCGGACACAAGAUACCUCCGGAUAUCAGGUCGACCUCCAACAAGCUCCUCGUGAUCUUCGAGUCGGACAGCUCGGUGCAGAAGGCCGGCUUCUCGGCGACCUUCAUGAAGGAGUUCGACGAGUGCGCGUCCAUCGACCACGGCUGCAGCCACUCGUGCGUGAACACGCUCGGCGGCUACGAGUGCGCCUGCGACAUCGGCUACGAGCUGCACUCGGACGGCAAGAAGUGCGAGAACGCAUGCGGAGGAGUACUGUACGCCCCGAAUGGCACCAUUACCUCCCCAUCGUUCCCGGACCUCUACCCGCCCUCGAAGAACUGCCUGUGGGAGAUAGUGGCGCCCCCGCAGCAUCGGAUCACGCUUAACUUCACGCACUUCGACCUUGAAGGGACCAACAACAUGUAUCAUCAGGAGUGCGAGUAUGACAGCGUGACCGUUCACUCGCGUCUCGGUGACGAGGUCCUGAGGCGGCACGGCGCUUUCUGCGGCUCAGCGCUGCCUCCGCCAGUCACUUCGGACGGAUCGGUUCUAAGGGUCCAGUUCACGUCGGACACUUCCGUGCACCACUCGGGCUUCGCGGCCACGUACUACAUGGACGUGGACGAGUGCGCGGAGAACAACGGCGGCUGCCAGCACGAGUGCCGCAACACGCUCGGCGGCUUCGAGUGCGCCUGCCACAGCGGCUUCGCGCUGCACGCCAACCGGCGCGACUGCAAGGAGGGCGGCUGCAAGUACGACAUCGCGCUGCCGCACGGCACCAUAUUCAGCCCAAACUACCCCGAUACUUACCCAUCGAGGAAAGACUGCGUAUGGCAAUUCUCCACAACGCCAGGCCAUCGAAUAAAACUUAUCUUUAACGUUUUCGAAUUGGAGUCGCAUCAGGAAUGCACAUACGACCACGUGUCGAUAUACGACGGCGCGUCAGCAGACGAGAAGACGCUGGGCCGCUUCUGCGGCAGCAAACUGCCACAUCCAGUGGUAGCGUCACAGAACCAGAUGUACGUCGUGUUCAAGUCCGACGCCUCCGUCCAGCGGAAAGGAUUCCUCGCUACCUACUCUACUGCCUGCGGCGGCUACCUGGCCGCCACCGAGACGGUGAAGCACCUGUACUCGCACGCGCGCUACGGCCACGACUCGUACGAGUCGCGCGCCAACUGCGACUGGAGCAUCGUCGCGCCGAUGGGCCACUUCGUGAAGCUCACCUUCCUCACGUUCGAGCUGGAGCCGGAGUCGAACUGCGGCUACGACUUCGUGCAGGUGUUCGGCGGCCUGGAGGGCAGCGCGGGCGACUACGGCAGCUUCUGCGGCACGAAGACCCCGCCGGAAAUCAUGUCGACGACCGAAGCGCUCCUCGUGAAAUUCCGAACGGACGACUCGAUAGUGUUCAAGGGCUUUUCGGCCUCGUACCAGUCGGUGCGGCCGGAGCUGUGGAGCGAGGAGGACAGCUCCGAGGGCGAGAUCGAGGAGGAGGACGAGCGCACGCCGCCCCUGGUGGUGGGCCGGAGGGGCCUGCGCGGCGCCCUGCCGCGGUUCGUCCGGAGGCCCACG